AUGGCUUCCGCCGUCGCUAGCAAGGGUGCCCCGCUGGCCAGCCUCCUCAAGAAGCUGCUCGCCGAGCCGUCGGCCUCCGGCGCGCUCCGCCCGGCCUCCCUCACCGCCGCCCGUCGCCUGCUCAACACCAAGGGCUCGGACGUCCGCUGCUACGACGACGACGACACCAGCGACGAGAGCGGGUCCGAGUACGAGGACGCCGACGCCGCCGGGGGACGCCGCCGCCUCGCCCGCGACUUCACCGCGCCCAGCUUCUUCUCGCAGGACGUGCUCGACCGGUUCGGCGCGCCGACGAGCCUUGGCCGGCUGCUGGCUCAGAUGGAGGGCGCGUCGUCCGGCCUCUCCCCCGCGUCGGCGUCGUCUCCUCGUUGCGGCGGGUGGUCGGUGGCGAAGGAGGACGACGAGGCGGUGUGCCUCAAGGUGGUGAUGCCGGGGCUGGGGAAGGAGCACGUCAAGGUGUGGGCGGAGCAGAACAGCGUGAUGAUCAAGGGGGAGGGCGAGAAGGAGCCCUGGGCCGACGAGGACGCCGCGGUGCCGAGGUACAGCCGCCGCAUCGAGAUGCCCGCCGACGCCUUCAAGAUGGACAAGAUCAAGGCCGAGAUGAAGAACGGCGUGCUCAGGGUCACCGUGCCCAAGGUCAAGGACGAGGAGCGCAAGGACGUGUUCCAGGUGAAGGUCGAGUAGGGAGGGAGACGGAUCUUGCAGUAGUAAUAGUAGUAGUGGUGAUGGCGAGUGGAGUUGAGAGACGCCUUGUCGAUGUGGUGAUGGUUUGGUGUCUUCCUUGCCCUGUUUUGGUUCUCUGAUCGUCUUGCGUAGUUUCUGAUCCAGUGACGGUGAGGUAGUUUCUGAUCGAGU